GAAGACAGCAUAGACGACGGUACAUCCCACCUGUGGUACGUUAACGUUACAUUGUACACAGACAAGAUGGCGGCUUCAGUGGAAGACGAGUUUGAAGAUGCGCCUGAUGUGGAGCCAUUAGAACCAACACUGAAGAAUAUCAUCGAGCAGAAAUCUCUGAAGUGGAUCUUUGUAGGUGGAAAGGGCGGUGUUGGUAAAACUACGUGUAGCUGUAGUUUGGCUGUCCAGCUUGCUGCUGUGAGGGAGAGCGUCCUCAUCAUCUCUACGGAUCCCGCCCACAACAUCUCUGACGCUUUUGACCAGAAGUUCUCAAAGGUGCCCACUAAGGUCAAGGGCUAUGACAACCUCUUUGCAAUGGAGAUUGACCCGAGUCUGGGUGUGGCAGAGCUCCCUGACGAGUUCUUCGAGGAGGACAACAUGCUCAGCAUGGGGAAGAAGAUGAUGCAGGAAGCCAUGAGCGCCUUCCCUGGGAUUGAUGAAGCCAUGAGCUAUGCAGAGGUCAUGAGGUUAGUGAAAGGAAUGAAUUUCUCCGUGGUGGUCUUUGACACUGCCCCGACGGGUCACACACUACGGCUGCUCAACUUUCCCACCAUUGUGGAGCGCGGUCUGGGUCGCCUCAUGCAGAUAAAGAAUCAGAUCAGCCCUUUUAUUUCCCAGAUGUGCAACAUGCUCGGUCUGGGUGACAUGAACGCUGACCAGCUGGCGUCUAAGCUGGAGGAAACCCUGCCUGUCAUCCGCUCAGUCAGCGAGCAGUUCAAAGAUCCUGAACAGACGACCUUCAUCUGUGUAUGUAUUGCUGAGUUCCUGUCCCUGUAUGAGACGGAGCGCCUGAUCCAGGAACUGGCCAAGUGCCGCAUCGACACACACAACAUCAUCGUGAACCAGCUUGUUUUUCCUGACUCAGAGAGGCCGUGUAAAAUGUGCGAGGCCCGCCACAAGAUCCAGUCCAAGUAUUUAGACCAGAUGGAGGACCUUUAUGAAGAUUUCCACAUAGUCAAGUUACCUCUGCUGCCCCAUGAAGUGCGUGGAGCUGACAAGGUCAACACAUUCUCAAAACAGCUCCUGGAACCCUACAAACCCCCAAAUAAAUGAUCUCCCUCCGUGCAGGACCGCCCCUUUCCUCAUACAGACCACAUCAAUACUAUCCAUAUUCACCUCCUCUGAGCUCCCCUAGCCAGCCUCAAACCCUGCCGUAAUUUCCUCAAGUUUAUCCACUCCGCCCUCAGCCUGCUAAUCCAAAGCAGAGCACUGCUACAGCGAGACAUGUCAUUUAAGGGGAGCAGAUGGAAUCACACACAUUCAUAACCUGCUGUAUUGUUAGAGAGGUGAGACGGUAUAAAUAGUGCUGCCUUACUGUGUUUUCCUUUAUGUUCAUCAUAUCCUCUGUGUGGCAGUUGUAUUAUUCCUAAUCUAAGCAUUUAACUUUUUUCUCAACAAAAAUGUCUCCUUCUCUUCCUCCUCUGCCGUCAUGUGCAGUGUCAAGCCUCAGAUGUUUCCAGUGAAGGUGCUUUGAAUUUCAGGAUUAAAUAAGUGGUUGAUGUUAACGACUUCUUUA